CGUCAGUGGCCAUAUUCAAUCUCGCCGCUGCGCCGUCGCUAUCGUGCCUCCGCCUUUCUAGUUCGGUCUAUUCAGAGACCCGCUCUUCUUCUCUCCGCCAGUCUGCCUCACCUAUCUGACAUUAGUGUCUUCAGUUGUGUUGUACAUAGAACUUUGGCGCUGCUUACUUGUUUUACUCUUCCUGGAGAAUGAUGGACUGUGAGAUAGCUGAUGAUGGAGAGGUCUACAUCGAGGAUGCUGACAUAAUCGCUGAGACUACCCUUGAUGAUGAAGAUCUUCCUGAUUGCAGUGAUGAAGACGACGAGUAUGAUGAACAAGCUGACUUUGAUGCUGGAGUAUUUGCUCUUGCAUGCAGCCCGACAAAUCCUUUGUUGGUAGCAACUGGAGGUGGUGAUGACCGAGGAUUUCUUUGGAAGAUAGGACAGGGAGAUUGGGGUGCUGAAUUGGGAGGUCAUAAGGAUACUGUCACUAGCAUAGCAUUUAGCAGUGACGGACAGUUUGUUGCUUCUGGGGGAUUUGAUUCUGUUGUUAAUGUCUGGGAUGCAUCUGGAAAUUUCAAAUGUAAGCUUGAAGUACCUGUCCCGGAUGAGAAAAUGAAGAAAAAAGCACCUCCUACUGGGGGCUUUGAGUGGGUCAGUUGGCAUCCUACAGAUCAUGUAGUCUUGGCUGGUUCAAAUGAUUUCUCUUUUUUUGGUAAAACAAAUGAUUUCUCUGCUGGGAUGUGGGGACUCAACACAGGCAAAACCAUAUGCACUGGUUCCAGUGAUUUGACUUUGAGAAUAUGGAGUUCAGAAACUGGGGAUCCUAUAUAUGUUGUAGGAGGUAACAUAUGCAAAUUCUUCAGAUUGAUAUUUCAGUUUGCUUAUAUGUUGGUCUCUUGUACUAGGACAGGCAUACUGAAACUCAAUUCUUUUACAAGCCAUCCCUAUCACAAUAAGGGACUAACUUGCUUAGCCAUCACCUCUGAUUCACGUUGUGCUCUGACUGGUUCUGAGGAUGGUUCUGUGAAAAUUGUGAACAUUAAGACUGGGAAGGUGGUCGGUACUUUAUCACCUGGUCACUCAGAUGCAGUUAAAUGCAUCGGUUUGUCACGUUCGCCAAGGUAUGGCCAAUGCCCUCUGCCCCUCUUCUUCCCUUGUGCGGCGACUGGGGGCAAAGAUGAGAGACUUGUUAUCUGGGAUCUUGAACGUUCAUCUCCUCGCAGCAUAUGCAACCUUGAGAGUGAAGUGACGUGCUUGACAUGGAUAGGCACGUCAAGGUAUGUGGCCGCUGGAUGUGCAGAUGGGGAUAUAGUGAUAUGGGACGCUCUGUCUGGAGACAAGGUGAAGACAUUUAGGGGGCACAGCGAAUGCAUAGAGUCUUUGUCCGUGAGCUGUAAUCAAGAUUUUCUGGUUUCGGGAUCGGCGUCGGCCUCAGGAGAUGCUACUGAUAGUCAUGGUACUGCCAGAGUCUUUGAGAUUGCAGGAUACAGAUAACAAGAAGCGCCUCCAUUUUCCCCAAUAUUUAAGGACAGGAUUGAUAGUAGUUUUUUCCCCACUUUAGAUUUGCUGCAUUCUGAGGGAUUCACAGAAGGUUAUUUUUCUGUUAUUUUCCUAAUAAUUUUAUGUUUUACAUCUUUGGAGCCUGGAGGUCCGCCAUGCUUGACUGGUAGGAGGUGUCAAGCUCGGGGGGUCUUGAUGAGUAGAGUGUCCAUGCUUGUGAUGGCUUCAUUGACUAGCCAUCAGGCUUGACACCUAGGAAAGAUUAUUCUGUUUGAACUUUGACGGUCUCGGUGACUUGAUGAAGAGGGGGUCAAGAAUGUAUCAUCAUGGAAGCUCAACAUGGACAAAUGUCCAUCUCUCAUGAUUCGAUUUAAAUCAAUUUAUUUAA